CCUGGUUGGUGGAGCCAGCAAUGGUUUUGUCCCCAUCCUCCUCUCUGCUAGGGAUGGAGCCGUCUGUCUGCGUUCCUCAUUUUUCCAGUGUUAAAUUCAGUUCUCCACAUUUCUGCAGCAAUUUAUGAUAGAUAUCUUUUUUAAAUCCAUCAGCAUUUUAGUGCAAGUUUCUCCUAACAAACACAUUUUUGUAUACAAUUUUGCCUACUAUGCACAAUUUUUGCAAAGCAAUCCCCCCCUGACAGAAUGCCUUUUUGCAUAGGACCUUUCAAUCCCCGCUUGAUCCCAAUAUAGGCAUUUUUGUACACCUCACUUGACUGGAGAGCUGCACUGCAAAAUUCAGAGAAGUGGCAAACGUCCCCCAGACAGCUUGUGCUUCGGCUCACUUCUUGUUUCGGAAAGGGCGAGUCUGGAAGGCUGGCCUUUCAAUCGCGCAAGGGGCAAUAGUGAGACGAAGGCGGAGGAAGCCGGCCGGCGGCGCUGCCACCCCCUGGGCUGGCUGUAAGUUAGAAGGCAGGCCGUUGGGGGCAUUCUGAGGUCGGUGGGGCAGAAGGGAUCGGCCUCCGCUGGUCGGGGGGAAAAAGUACGGCUCCAAGAAGGUGGUGGCGAGGAAAGGGGGCAAUUUUAAAAAAUUACCCGGGGGGGAGAGAAGGCCGCGGGCGGGCCCUGUGGGAAAGAGCUCACCCCCUUGCCCCGGAGAGACCUUGCGCAGGAGGCCUCAACCCCCGGGGCCAACCCUUGCGUUCCUGGCACCCCGACAAGGGCGGGCUGGGGGCUCCUUCUCGGCCCGCGUCGGUUGCGGCCUUCCGACGGCCUCCCUCGGCCGGUGUGUGAUCGGCGUGGAGUCCCCCCUCGCUCCCCCCCGUCCGCAUCCUUUGAAGAAGUUCAACAAGAGAGCGAGCGAGCGAGAAGCGCGCAGCAUUUCCUCUUGGCUCCUACGGCAGGCCAGCGCUUGGCAAGCGCCUUCCUCGACGGGGAGCCCAUUUCCUGCCGCGGCGGGUCAUCAGGGCCGAGCCCAGCCGGCGGCGAGCAGUCCGGCAGCGGCAGCUCCGAGGAGAGGCGGCGAGCUUGCGCGGCCCGCGACCAGCCCCGCUCGCGGCGACCCUUCCCUGCCGCCCGGAUCGCCUGGCCUUGCUGAAGCGGACCAAGGCUGGAGUGGAGCAGGGCCGAGCUGAGCCGCCUGCCGCGUCUCCCGCGCCGCGUCGCCAAGUGCCCCAGCCCUGCGGAGAGCUGCGCCCCCGGACCCUUGCCGCUAGACACGGGCUAAGGGCAGCCAGGCGCUCGGCGUCGGGGAAGGCGAGGAUGGAGAGCGGCGGGGGCCUCGCGGCGCUUUUUCUGGCCUGCUGCGGGCUGAUGGCCAGGGCAAGCCCAGUGAGUGUUCCGGGCUGCACCCUUGAGCCAGUCCGGAAUGACCAGCGGGUCAAAGUGUUCUACACAACCAGCAGGGUUACAAGCGGUUGCGUGGGGCGUGGGCCCACAGACCCCAACCUGGAAAUCCACGUUCUCAACUUGAGGUACAGAGACCCAGUUAAGCCGCGUGAGAUCAAGUUCAACGUCAAUGUGACAGCAGCAAAAGAAAAGCGGAAGACGGUGUUUGUGGUGAAUUCCAACGCAUUCUCUGUUUUGGAUGUAAAUGCAGAGGAUCACCACCUUGCCUUCCUCACGACAAAGCACAUACUCUUUAUCAAAGGGCCAAACAAAGAAAACACAACUGACCUGCCUCUGUCCAGCGAGGAACUCCUAAACUGGGCCAAAGCAUAUUAUGGGGGCGUCACCUCCUUCACAGAACUGGAAGACUCUCAGAAGAUACAGUUUCAAGUUGGCAGAGAACCCAACUCCUUCGAGGAAUGCAUACCUGAGAGCAAUUUCAAUGCCGAGCAGUACCUUGAGGCUGAGUUUGCCUCUGACAAUACCAAGAGCUGUCUGGGCUCUACUGAACACCCUGGAAGAGAGGCCCAUAUUAUGUGGCUCCAGCAGAAUCCUCCAGACUCCGGCACACAGGCUGUGGAUCUGAACAUCAAGGUGACGUGCAGUGAUGGAAAUCCAGCUAAUGAGCUGUCAACGCUACUGGUGCUUAAAAGCCACGAGAAAAUGCUGUGGAACAUUGAUCAGACACCUGUGUUGGUGAAGUUCUUGGUAUCUGGGAAAUACUCCCUUAAGAAAGUGGCAUCCAACCUAAUAAAUGGCAUUGCCCUGCCAGACAGCAAAGACGGCCUGAUCCAAGAGGCCCUUGGCAAGGACUUUGCCUUCAUCGCUUCCUACACAGAAAUCCCAUCUGCCAAAAGCAUCACCCUUGAGCUGGUCAGGGUCUGUGCAGGAAAGAAAACCGAGGUGACAACACCACCACAAAGGAAGGUUCCCGAAUUGACCAACAUGGUUAAAGAGCUGAUAAGGCUUUGCCACCCAUGGAGAUGCAUAGACAAUUCCAUUGAAAUUGCUGUGCCCAAGAGCCACUUGCAGGCAUCACCGAGCCCCAUCACCGAAAUCACGCUGCGGGACCCAACCUGCAGGGCAACUGACAACAUGACACAUUUUGUCCUAAAAAGCAUUGUAGACCAUUGCUCCACCCAGUUGGAAGGGGGGAUUCAUGCCAAAAAUCAGCUGGUCCUGACCCUGCCUUUGCUUCCAGACAAAGUCACGGUGCCAUUUGAAUGUGAUCUCCCAGAGAAGCUCUUUCUCCACCUUUAUCAGACACCAGACUUCAGAUCAGCAUCCACCACCACAGUCGAAGUCAACAAAGUAACCUACGUCCAGGUGUCAUUCCAGAUAGCUGAGGAGAACCAUCCUCUUCCACUUCAAGACUGUUUCCUACAAAUCCCUGGCCAAACGUCCCCACAAAUGCUGAUCCACAGUGGCAUCCCAACGAGUUAUUCCGUGGAGAUCUUGAACUCUCCCAGCAUAAAGACCCGUCACUUUAGUUUCAUCUACAAGGCUGAAGAACAAUGGUCGACUUUGCCUGCCACCCUUGUUUGCCAAGUGCACCUGGAGACCCAGCUUCACGGGCACCGCUCCUAUGAAGGUUCCACAGAAGUGACACUUAAGAACCCCACCUUCCCAUCCCACAGCCUAAGGAUUGGCACUGUGCUGGGAAUAACCUUCGGCGCCUUUUUAAUUGGAGUCAUGCUCACUGCAGCACUGUGGUACAUCUACUCUCAUACCCGUCUGACAGUCAAAAUGCAGCCGGUCUCGGCAAACCCUCCGGCCUCGGAGAGCAGCAGCACCAACCACAGCAUCGGCAGCACCCAGAGCACCCCCUGCUCCACCGGCAGUAUGGCAUAGCAGUCGCCAAGCUCAGGAAGGGGCCAAACUGACUCUUGACACCUCCUUGUGGACAGCAGUGUCAGAACAGUGGACAAGUCAGACUCUGCCAGGGAAAAGUCUUGAUGAAAACAGGAUUAAAAACUCAGAGGCUGCAGACGGUUCCCCCACCUCCAAAGUUCCUAAGGCUCGGAGGAGUGACCAUUUUCAACCAGCACUUUAAAUCAGUUUCCUGGACAGCCAUCAAGAUCUCCAAGAGAAGCAGGACGAUCCCAUCAGCGAAGAGACUUCGCGUGUGCCUUCCUGCAGGGCGAGCGUAGCCAGUCUUUGGCUGCAAGGUCGCAAGCCUAUUCCAGGAGAACCGGCUCUAGCCAGGACCAGACAGCAUGUACAAGUUGAUAACCAGGAUGUAGUGUGCCUUUGGUCUUCUGUUUAUGCCUCUUAUCUAGGGCAGCAGUUCCCAACGUUUUUGAUAUGAUGACCCACAAGUCCAAAUUUACUUGGUAUGGUGACCCAUCAAUUUAUUGUCACAUGAAUUUUGGGCCUUUGGUCUUCUCUGCCACCAGCCACCAGAGAGCGGUUCCCAAGGGUUAAAAAUGUAAGACUCCACCCUUUCUGACGUUUGGAUACAAGUGUCAACAGAGAGUUUUAAUAUGCCAAGAAAACCAAAAGUUGUCAGAGAUAUUCACCAUGCCAGUUAAGGAUUAAAAGCAAUAAUUUUUUGAGGUUUGCUUAUAAAGCCUGGCCGUGACCCUUUGCACAUGCUUCAUGACCCACAGGUUGGGCAAUGCUGAUCCGGGGGGCUGAGAAACUUCGGCAUAGCUCCUUCAGUCGGCCAGCAAGGAAGCCAUGAACCCCACCUUCAGUUUGGGGUUCGGUGCACCCUUGGCUGAGGAAAAAAAACAGCUUCCAAAAACAAAAAAGGAGAGAUGCAGGAGUUGGUUUCUGAACAGGCUUCAGGGUGGGCUACCCUUCUGGCUUAAAGACAGGGCAGUUAACGAUUACUCCUGCCCAUAAUCUCACGUUGCAUGCAAAUACAAAAUUCAGCUCCAGCCUCCCCCCCCCCCAGAUUCCUUAAAGCAAAUUGCGAAGCAUCCCCACCAGUAAGAACAAAAACCACCCGUGUCUAACGCUCACAGAACCACUGAAGAUGCGGAACGUGUGGGACCUGAACCAGGUGCUCCAGUCAGUGGGGAUUGAAGUGAGUCAGCAGUGGGAUUAGCGCAGCGUCUGGAGCAGGGCAGGGCACAGGUGGCCCCAUCGUUCCAGAGCUGUUCCACAGCCGCUCAUCUCCCCUCUGGGCAGGUAUGCAGAAAGCACAGGUGCAAAUGCACCACCCCUCCCAUUCUGAAUUGUUCAUUCAAAUGACAGAAUUUGUGGCCCAGAGUAACCAGAACAUAAGAGCUCAGUCUGCUGCAUCAGGCCAGUGACCCAUCUAGUCCAGCGUCCUGUUCUCUUUGUGGCCAAUCAGAUGCCCCAGUGGGAUGUCCAAAGGCAGGAUCUGACUGCAACAGGGCUCUGCAACUGGCAUUCAGAGGCACACUGCUGGGAAUCGUGAGCGGGCAGAGGCCUGUUGCAGUCAGAUCUGCUUGCGGGUUUCAUGUGGUAUACAAACACUGCCCUGGACAAGGCCAAAGUGAAGGACACUUCCUAUUCUUGCUGCUUCAGUAGAAGGAAGGAAUGGAGCUGAGCAGGUCCCUCCAGACUACGGGCUCCAUUCCCUCCUGGGGGCAAGCAGGGUCAGAGCAAAAGUGAGCAGAACGAUGAAUGCAACUCUUCCUUUUUGUACAGUAGGGUCCUGUUACAUUGAACCCUAAGUUUGGGUUUUAAGAAGAGAGCCAGUGUGGUGUAGUAGUUAAGGUGUUGGAGUACAACCUGGGAGACCAGGGUUCGAAUCCCCACACAGCCACGAAGCUCACUGGGUGACCUUGGGCCAGUCACUGCCUCUCAGCCUCAGAGAAAGACAAUGGGAACCCCCCUCUGAAUACCGCUUACCAUGAAAACCCUCUUCAUAGGGUCGCCAUAAGUCAGGAUCGACUUGAAGGCAGUCCCAUUGGGUUUUAAGAAGUUUGUCCUUAGCAGGGCCCGUUACUUGAGGAGAGCAACAGGAGGGGAGAGGAACUAGACUGAAAAGAACAUGCUGAGAAUGUGACUCAAGGUUAGGAAUAACUCUCUUUAGGAAUCAUUAGAAUCUAUUUCUCUUGGCUGAAGGGGGAGAUGCAGAAGUUACAUGCCAGCCACAAAAACCAGGGGCUUCUAACACUUAACACACACACAUCUCCCUCGCCAGGCAGGCAGGCAGGCAAGAGGCAUUCGGAAGGUUCAAAGACAUGGCUCAGCCAGGAAAAAGCACCUGAGGAGCGUGCAGAGCAGAGCCAAGGAGGGAUGUGACCUGUGAGUGGCCCAGGGAGAGUCCUGUGGGCCACAUUUGGCCCUCAGGCAUGAGUUCCUCCAGGCCCUGCCCUAAUCCCACUGCUAACUCCCUGCAGUCCUCACUGACUGGUGCACACGGUUCAACUCCCAUCAUCACCUCGGAAGGCCAUUCCCCAUCUCUGCCUAAAAUAGGUGCAAGGAAAUAAAAAUGUCAUCCUCCGAAAUUCAGUUUCCUUGGCACAGAACUGCUGAAAGUCCUCUGGGUUGUUGCUUUACCACAACAGGCUAGAGCCCCCUUUCCCUACAUGGUAAAUUAAAUCUUUGGCCAGCACCAGGGCUGCCUACUGUUCCUAUGGCAGCCUGGGCUGACUCGCUCCCAAAUAGUUUUGGCGCUGUGUUGUACUUGCACGGGCUGCACAGACACAAGAAGGGAAGAAAGUUCUGGGGGCGGGCGGGGGAGUAGAGCCAGUAACUUUGUCCCUCCAUCUCCUGAAAAGGAGGCAAAUGGCGCAAACCAUUUUGGACAGGGGGAAAGUUGUGUUUCCUUUUGCCAGUUACAAAAUGAAGGGAGUCUGGACCAUUUCUGUUUUGAAAUACUUAUUACUGUACGUAUAUAAAUAGUUAUAUAGAGAAUAUAUUUUGUAACCGUGUAUACAGGGAAAUAAUGCUCUGUCUAAUCACUUUUAUUUGGGGGGGAUAUUUUCUGAUGCUGAGGUGGGGGGCAACAUGGGGAGCAAAAGGAGAACGGCUUCUGCGAGGUUCUGCUGAACGAGACGCAGGUGGGUGGGUGCUUCACCUUGUACAGGCCGUCAGUCAGAAGAAAAGCAAGCCAAUGCACUGAGACCGGGAGAGAAGCUGCCCCGACAGAAAUAGAGGUGGGAGGAGCCCAGCACCAGCUGAUCCAGAGUUGUGAAUGGAAAGUUACCGCAAGGCCGUAGUCAUAGCAACAUACAGAGCUGCUGUAUAUACCACAAACCACCUAGCUCAGUCUUGUCUCCCCUGACUGGCAAGCAGCUCUCCCGGGUUUCAAGCAGUCCUACCUGGAGAUGGUGCUGGGGACUGAACUUAGGAUCUCCCGCUUGCAAAACAGGUGCUCUCCUGCGGAGCUCCUAUAGCCCUUCCCCAACACGUGGGAGUUUUUUGACCAGUGGAAUCUCAGGUGGAUAUCCUCCGUUUCACAGAGGAGAAACAAGGACAUCCUUGCAACAUCCCCGUUCUCAUACUGAGGAUCACUGGCCAAAUGUGUAUGCAAAUGCAAGCCUGCACUCUCAGACUGACUAUUUCUUCGUCUUUUUUCAAUACCGCCUUUCAGGGCCAAAGGCCCUCUCUCAAGAGGCUGAGCGUUAAAAUUAUAAAAGCAAUUUAAAACCACAGAUAUUAAAACCGCUAAACUAUCCAACACAACACUGUAGAUAAAAGCAGCAACGGUUAACAGGAUCUACACCAGCCUUCACCAAUCUGGGGCCAUCCAGAUGUUUGGGGCUACGACUCCUAUCAGCCCCAGCCAGCACACACACACACAACAUUGAAAAUAAAAACUGCAAAGUGAUGUGGCAAUAUGGAGACCUGAACUUCAGCCUGGAAAAACAAGAAAGGGAGGGAAAGAUUCACCUCGCCCUUAGAUGAAACUGUGUGGCUACAGCUUCAGAGUCACAUCCAAGGUUAGUCCUACUCAGAGGAGACCCACUAAAAUUAAUGGGUGCAAUAAUUUCAGCAGGUCAACUAUGAGUAGGAAUGGAAAGAUUUGUCAGGUUUGCUUCUCGUUUCCCUUUUUUCUCAUCUUAAAUUCAGUUCUCCACAUUUCCGCAGCAAUUUGCGAUUUUGUAAAGGAAAAAAUCCUGAAAAAUUUCCAGCAUUUUAGAGCAAACGCGUUCUGAUAUUUUGUAUGCAGUUUUGACCCUGUGCACAUUUUUACAAGCAAUUUUCACAAUGCAUUUUGUACGUUAUUUUCACCAAUAUAUUCUUUUUAUGCACAUUUUCCCCUAAUCGAUGCAUUUUGGAAAACAUUGGCUGGCGAACGGCAUUGCAAAAGUGCGAAUUUCAAAGGAUGGCUGUGUUUCAGUUCUGACAUUGUUUUGGAAAGUGCAAAUUUGAUAGAUUCACCUUGAAAUGCAAACUGAAUUGAAUUUCUCCCCCAGCCGUAGAUGCAGCCCUUAGUCAACAGGCACCCUGGUUUUUACGCAUGUGUGUAAACACACCUACCCACACACUUUAAUUAGGGGACUUAGGGCAGGGCUACAUCCAAACCCUUUGUAGAAACUGAAACUUCAAGGGUGGAUACUCCUUAGAAACCUCCCUCCCCAGUUAGGGGAAAGCUGAGCUGAAAGGUCCAUCAAAGCCAGCAGUGGGGAUGGCAUCCAGCAGUGGCCCUCCAGAUGUUGCUGGAUGUCAUCUUCCAUCAUCUACGACCAUUGGCCAUGCUGGCUAAAGUAGAUGGGAGAUGGAGUCCAGCAGUCCCUGAUUUAACCCACUGUCUGGUUUCCCACAGUGGCUAGCCAGAUGCCCCAAGAAAUAACAGCCCUCAUCCAGCAUCUGGUGAUCAGAGCGAGACUGACCUGGAGCACAGUUCCAUUUAGCCAUCAUGGCUAAUUGUUGCCGCUAGACCUCCCCCAAUCCAUGCAUGAGUCUAACCCCCUUUUAAAUCAGCCUGAUUAGAGGACUCCACCACCUUUUCCCAUGGCAGCAAAUUCCGUAAUUCAUAACACACACAAAUUCUCCAGCUCAUUGGCCUUCCAGAGUUUUUGGCAAUGCUGGGCUGGUCCUAUAAGUUACUACAAACGCCUUGCUUUUUGCAGGGGUGGGGAGCGGAUGCCCACAAGAUCGCUCAAGUCUUCAAGUGCUAUGGAAUUGGCGCCCCCGAGAUGUCAUGAUUGCCAACAGCUUCAAUGGGUUUAAAAGAGGAUUACCCAAACUCAUAAGACGAUCAAUGCCAACUACUAGCUCUACUAGCACUAUACCAGUCGCUGGGAAUCGAAAGUGGGGAGAGUGCUCUUGCGCUCAGGUUCCUCCCAUUGAGGCAUCUGGUUGGCCACUGUGAGAAUAGGAUGCUGGAGUAGAUGGACCUUUCGCUUGAUCCAGCAGCUGUUCUGUUCUGAUGUUCUUAAUACACACAUUCACUUUUAUUCAGAGUCCUGAACCAGCCUCCAAACAAGUGAUCACACAUAGGAGAGUUUGUGACCACGGACAGUAUUCAACCAAGUCCUACUCUGAAAUUCAUGCACCUAAGUCAGUCGUGUCCAUUAACUUCGGUGGGUCUACUCUGAGUAGGACUAUAACAAUGCCUCUUUCAAGCCCAAUUUCUGUGGGAGGUGGGGUGGGGACCCUGGGGGCACCAGGGAAGGUCUCUGUGGAUACAUGCUAGGGAUGGAAGGAUCUGUCCAUUUCAGUGGGGCCCCUGGGCCACCCACAUCCAGGGAAGCUGAUUAGAGCAGAGAAGCAUUGAAAAGAUUGUGUGAACACCUCUGGAGGGUGGCCAAAAAAACCUCUUCCUCACCAACCCAGACAGCAUCAAAUGGGUCUAUUGAUUUUUGGUCUGUAAAUAUUUGUGUGCAGAAACCAACUGUAACCUCAGCAAUUGUAUAAAUAUAUAUUACAUGUUGGAUUUGA